AUGCCGGCACCAAAGAACAGGAAGGUGGCCAUCGUUGGCAGUCGGUCAGUCGGCAAAUCAUCGCUUGCAGUCCGCUUUGUAGACGGACACUUCGUCGACAGCUACUACCCCACCAUUGAGAAUACUUUCAGCAAAACCAUCCGGUAUAAGGGCCAGGAGUUUGCGACCGAGAUUGUCGACACAGCUGGCCAAGAUGAAUACAGCAUUCUGAACUCAAAGCACUUUAUCGGCAUCCAUGGCUAUAUGCUGGUCUACUCGGUGUCGUCCUUGCCCUCCUUCGAGAUGGUGCAGGUCAUCCGAGAGAAGAUUCUCAACCAUCUUGGCACCGAGUCGGUCCCCAUCGUCAUCGUUGGAAACAAGAGCGACCUCCGUCCUGAACAGCGACAGGUCAGCGCUGAGGAGGGCAAGAGGGUGGCGGAGAAGAUCCAGUGUGGCUGGACUGAGGCGAGCGCACGAUACAACGAGAAUGUAGGAAAAGCCUUUGAGUUGUUGAUUGCCGAGAUUGAAAAGGCCCAGAAUCCAGGCGAGGCGGCCGAAGGAGGCAAAUGCAUUCUCAUGUAG